GAGAAAUAAAAAUAUCAGAAUUAUAGGUCUAGCUGAGAAGAGAUCGCUGACUGUACCUCGUUCUAUCGAUUCGCCGAAAUUACCUCCGCUUCCAUUUGUUGCCUCGGAUCCUCAUGGAUCCUUCACUCUGAUCCUCGAUUUUCCAGUUACUUCCACUUUCUGUUUGGUUUCCUGCAAAUUCAGCAAAGCUUUCUCUUUCGGGGGAAAGUUUGUAGCUUUUGCUGCCGGCUUUGUCUAAUCGCUGGUUAGAAUGACGACUCCUUCAAGGAAGAGACUGAUGAGGGACUUUAAGAGGCUGCAACAGGAUCCUCCUGCUGGUAUUAGUGGCGCUCCCCAAGACAACAAUAUACUGCUCUGGAAUGCUGUCAUAUUUGGGCCUGAUGACACCCCAUGGGAUGGAGGCACGUUUAAGUUGACACUCCAGUUCUCUGAGGACUAUCCUAAUAAGCCGCCAACAGUACGGUUUGUCUCCAGAAUGUUUCAUCCAAAUAUCUAUGCAGAUGGGAGCAUUUGCUUGGACAUCCUACAAAAUCAAUGGAGUCCUAUAUACGACGUGGCUGCAAUACUCACAUCAAUCCAGUCUCUGCUAUGCGAUCCCAACCCAAACUCUCCUGCGAAUUCAGAAGCUGCAAGGAUGUUCAGUGAGAACAAGCGCGAGUAUAAUCGCAGAGUGCGAGAGAUUGUUGAGCAGAGUUGGACUGCCGAUUAAGGUUUGCUUUUUGGCAUGUAGACCCAAAAUGGUUUCAGUGUCUCGAGUUUAAAUUCAAUUCCUAUAGGAGAGGACAUCGGGUUGUGGUUGUAUUCCUCCUUGGAUGCUUGCUUGGCUUUGUUGUACUGCUUAAUUACUUGACAUUCUAUCUACUUUUUAGCUAAAAUUUAUGUUGGAACUUGGAAGAGCAGCAAACAG